ACCGGCCGCCCCGCCCUAUAAAUCAGCUCCUCCUCUCCCCUACCUCCGUACUCCACCUCGACCACCGCUGCCGUUCGCCGCCACCCACAGGCCACAGCGCAGACCGAUCACCGUCCCAUUCCAGCCGCAGCAGCCCAGCCGGAGCACGCGCGAUGGGAGCAGCAGGAGCGGACGUCGAGUGCGACCGGAUCAGGGGGCCGUGGAGCCCGGAGGAGGACGAGGCGCUGCGUCGGCUCGUGGAGCGCCACGGCGCGCGCAACUGGACGGCGAUCGGGCGCGGGGUGCCCGGCCGGUCGGGCAAGUCGUGCCGCCUCCGGUGGUGCAACCAGCUCUCGCCGCAGGUGGAGCGCCGCCCCUUCACGCCCGACGAGGACGCCGCCAUCGCCGCCGCGCACGCCAGGAUCGGCAACCGCUGGGCCGCCAUCGCGCGCCUCCUCCACGGCCGCACCGACAACGCCGUCAAGAACCACUGGAACUGCUCCCUCAAGCGCAGGCUCGCGAGCGCCGAGCAUGAGCGGCCUUGCAAGCGGGCGAGCGUCUCCCCGGAGAGCAGCCCGUCGGGAUCCGGGUCGGACCGCAGCGACCUCAGCCACGGCGGCGUGUUCCACGGGCAGCAGGUGUACCGCCCCGUGGCGCGUGCCGGCGGGUUCGAGCCUGCCGACUGCGCCAUGAGCCGGCGGCACGAGGUGGUGGAGGACGAAGAACCAGAGGACCCACUCACGUCGCUCUCCCUCUCCCUCCCCGGCAUGGACGCCGCCAUCCAGGGCGGAUUCCACCAUGACAACUCCUACAGCCACUUCCACCAACCUCCUUCUUCCUCCCCGUCGCCGCCGCCAACCGCCGCGCCGGCGACGUCGCCCUACAACUUCAGCCCCGCGUUCGCGGCGGCGAUGCAGGAGAUGAUCCGCGACGAGGUGCGCCGGUACAUGGCGGGCGUCGGGUGCGGCGCUGAUCUGUCGAUGCCGCAGGUGGUGGAGGGAGUGAUGCGCGCGGCGGUGCAGCGCGCCGGCGGAGUCGCCAGGAUGCAGUGACCAAUCUGCUCACUCAGAGUGGCAUUUUGCUUCAAUGUUUAGGAUCUGAACUGAAAAUCUGAAAUUAGCAUUGUGUGAAAGAAAAACAAACUACUGGGUAUGCAAAGUUAGGCUAAGCUGACGCUUUGCUUCAGUAUGUACAUACAGGAAUGAAAUGGAAAGAAACAUGGCCGGGUUGAAUCUCCAAGUUGAAGUUCA